AUGCCGACAGUAUCGUCGCCCGACGUCUCUUCACAUUUUUCUGCCGAGGCAUGUAACAGAUUCAGGAUGCCGUUUGACCCGGUGGUGGUGCAUACUUUGAACUUAAUUAAUUACCGGAGAGAAUUAAAACGUAAUCCAAGUGGUAAUCAGGCAUUAGUUGUUCCAGAGGAAUAUGGAAGAAAGCCAGCCCUUUUAAAACCUGCGUUAGAAAUCAACUUCUUUAGUGAAAAAGACCCCUUGUUCAAGGAAUGA